GAUUAACUCGCGAAAGUUGGAGAGGGUGAUGAGAAGAGAUUUAAUUCAUAUACUAUUUCUUUCCUAAAAUGAAACAUAGAAACCUAACAGAGUAGCAAUGUGUAAUUUUUUUUAAAAAAAAUGUUGCUCAUUAGCUGUUGUAAACCUUUGCAUGCUUCCCGGGAAGUGAGAUCUUUUAAUUCAGGUCCUCAGAAUGCAAAUUGGCAUGAGCCCCAUAAACUAUUUUUACUAUAUUUUCCUCCCUGUAGGUUCCAGCACACCAAAAUCUAAGGUGAGGUUGUACAUGGCUCAGGGAAUCCCAACUCAGAUGAACAAAUAAUUACCUGUGCAGCCAGAAGGUUUCACUAAAGUAGAACUGGAUUGUUAAUUGAAGAGUUAUUGAAACGAUACUGCUAAUCCUUAGGGGACAUUUAAGUCUCGCUGAGCCUUGACAUUUUGAAGGAUGAUCCACCCAGCGUAUCAUCGAAGUUGUGGUUUUCUCAGCGUGGAGAAGAAAUUAUCUUUGUGUGUGUGCUCCAGAAAUUUCGUUUGUACAAAGAUUUGAAACUUAGGAGGGGUCUGUAAGUGUAUGUAGUGGGGAUAUAGAUACCUAUGUGAUUACACUCUUCAUAUUAGCUUAAAAUACCUGGUCAGGCAUUUUUUUAGGCAGGGCUAAGCUUUAAAGAGGUGAUUCAAGCUCAAGCUUAAAGUGUCGUCAUUAAUGCUCCCUAAAAUGGGUGGGAGGGGUUUGGUACAGGCAGGAAAGUUCUUAUUUAGGAGAAGUGCUCUUUCUGUGCUGGGAAAUUCUGUUUCUGUCCCGACCUUAUGCCCGGGAGUUUGAAAACAAGGGUAUAUUGAGUUCUUUAUUAGUACAAGGUUCACCCUCUUCCUCAUGGCUUCCCUCUGCGCCCCCACCCUGCUGUGUCUGUCUGCUGUCGCUUCCAUCCUUUUUCCCUCCUUCGUCAUCCCUGCUCGGCUCCAGUCCCCGUCAGAGGGGUUUUCUAAGACUGCCGGAAACAUUCACCACACAGUAUUUUGCCUGAUGACUGCUCUGUUUCUCUGGGCAUUUGCUUAGUGCUUUCAACCAUGACUUUAUCCCUGCCUUUCAAUUAGGGGUGGAAACUCUGGGGUAAGCGAUUGAGAGACUUGUUUAAGCCCUGGGAGACCAGUCAAUUGUGGGCUAUGAUGGGGCUUAAAAAUUCUUAGCAAAGAUUAAGAAUUUUUUCGCCUGGGGUAAAUCCCAAGGAUUGUGCUUCCAGGUAGGAGUUAGAGAUGAAAAGGAGGGGCUUCCCCCUUUGUUACCCCUGAGCAGGAACGAACCAACCAUGGAGUAUUGAAGGGGAGGAAAUAACAAAAUGCCAGAAGUGGCUGCUUGCUCCAGAGGCUUCUGGAGAGGCUGCCCUGUCAGGUGGAAAGACUGCUGGCCUGCUGGCACGAGAGUGGGUCCUACUCUCCAUUCUCUGGCUAACCCAUCUUGUGGACUUUCUCAGCCGCUUAACCUCUCCAGCCAUCAGUUUCCCUAUCUCUUUUAUGGGGUAGUGGAGCUAAAUGUUCUUUAAUUUUGUCUUGUCCUACUUGCUAUGUAUUUUGAGGACUUCUUUGAUAUCUGUAGUUAGAAGGUGCCUGGUUUUAGCACUUAGGCUUGUAUCCUCUCCUCUUACUUCCACCUUCAGCUCUGUUCUCUUCUAAGCCAGGAAUAAGCACAUCCUAUGGUUACACUUCUUCAUAUACUCCCAUGGGUUCCAUCCUCUGCAACCCUACUGUAAGAAGGCAGAAUAAGCCAUUCAGACACUUACAUAUAUAUAUGAGUAGGCCAGGCAGCCGCUUCAUCCUGUGCUCAAUUCUUGAUUUCUCAGGGAAUGCUGAAAACAAGGACUCCCUGAUAUCCUGGAGGCAGAGGCUUUGACUAGAUAGAACUAUUAAGAUUGUCAUUUCACUUAAAUUGACCAGUCAGUUCAGUGAACUAGUCAAUUUACUCUUGAAUGGCUUGUUUUACAAAUGUCCAAGAUAAUUGAUCAUCUUAGCCUAGGUGGGCCUGGUUUAUACUGAUCUCGAUUUUGGUAAGUUUGAUGGUUAGGGAAAUCAGAGCUCAGAGAACUCGCACCCUUCCUGCGCAAUGAGGAAUGACAGAACGGCCCCCUAGCAGAUGCUGUGUGGAGCACUUUAGCCUAAAGACUUCCAGCUGAGUGUGCCUUUUCCCCCUUAGCUUUUCUAUCUCUGGCCACACCCAGUGCCACACCAAUGUUCUGCACAUGGAAUAUAGCCAGUGUUAGGCCCAAGGUUAACAGGAGAGCCUUUCUUCACUACUGCCUCCUACCCCUGCAAAAACAAGAAUAGACAACAUGUUAAGCUUGGCAGAGGGUGUUGAGACAGACUUUUCUCUUGGGAGACAGAGAUUCAAGGUCAUAGAGCCAGAGUCCGGCAAAAUGCAAGCCAUGCCAUUCACAUAUUAGAAGUAGGUGUUAUUAUAUUAAGAUAUUUUAACAUAUGAACCCGGGAAUUUUCCUUUUUAACUUACACCUAAAAAUAUACAUGUGCAUAUGUAUUUUCGUACAAAGAUUUGUUAUAAAUACAUUUUCCCUUCAGUAGACCUAUUUUUUCAUGCACUUAAAUAUUUUAAAAUGACAGUUAUUUUACUGAAUUAAUCCUUUUGUAAUGAUCUGACUGGUUAAUUCAGUUGAAAUAGUCUCAUGUUGAUACCGUGAGAUCCUAAGGGUGGGUGGGACUUGGGAAAGUCAGCUGUCCUAGGAUCACCCACAGACUGUAUUGGCCACAGAAAUAUUCCUAUUCAUGAUAUUGUGCACAUAGUAUGUAGUCUGUUUCCAUAAACACAGGGGAGCCACACUUUCUUAUAGGCUAAGCUCACAGCGCGGUAUAAUUUCAUUCAAAUAUUAAUUUUCUUAAAAGCAAAAGUUAGAGAAUUGUAUUAUGUUCAUUCUUCUUUAUUUUUGUGGAACGUUAUCACGUCCAUUCUUCAUGACUGAACUGCCUGAUUUGGAGGAGUAUAUCUCUAUUGUUCAUUUUCAAGAAAUCAGACAACAGAGGAGAGUUCCAGUCAGAAAUGCAUGUGUGAUGCAUUUUGACAUUUACUGCUAAGGUGAAAUGCAGAAAUGAAAACAACACAUCCAUUUUAGUAUUCUCGAUGUGAUUAGAUGUACUUUGUCGUGUUUUUAUGCUACUGACCUAUAAGAAAAAAAUAUUAAAAAAGGGUAAGAGUUAAACAGCUAGGACCUGCAACCUUGAUACUUCUGGGAUGAACUGGAACAUCACAAGGAGAGAUUUCAUUACAGCAUAUUCACACCUCAUCUGAGCCCUCAGCUGAGAUUCAUACACAUUUCCUUCAUUGGCAGCUGUCACCAGAUGCUCUACCUCCCAGGAUGGCGGACAGUCUCCCGACAGAGUUUGAUGUGAUUGUAAUAGGGACAGGUUUGCCUGAAUCCAUCCUUGCAGCUGCAUGUUCAAGAAGUGGUCAGAGGGUUUUGCAUCUUGAUUCAAGAAGUUACUAUGGAGGAAACUGGGCUAGUUUCAGCUUUUCGGCAUUGCUGUCCUGGUUGGAGUGUCAGCAAAACAGUGACCCUGGGGAAGAAGGUUCUGCUGCGUGGCAGGACCUGAUCCAUGAAACAGAAGAAGCCAUCACCCUUUGCAGCAAGGACAAAACCAUUCAGCACACAGAAGUGUUCUGUUAUGCCAGUCAGGAUGUGGAUGACAAUACUGAAGAGACUGAUGCCCUACAGAGAACUCCUUCCUGGGUAGCACCCACUCCCCUCACCAACCCUCUGGUUCCAGCAUGCUUGUCUGAAGAAACACCCUCUUUGUGCGUUACAAGGCAUGAGAUGCCUGCCAAAGACACUCCAGAAAAUGAUGGAGAGAUUUCGCCAGAAGUCAUGGAUGUAGAGGAAACCCUGGCGAAAGAAAAUAAUCGUGGAGAUAAAACUUAUACACACACAGUUUCAGAUGGAGCUAAAGAUGAAAACAAACUUAUAGUGGAAGAUAGCACUGAUCAACCAAAGAGAAAUAGGAUUACUUACUCUCAAAUAGUUAAAGAAGGCAGGAGGUUUAAUAUUGAUUUGGUAUCAAAGCUGCUAUAUUCUCAAGGAUUGCUAAUUGAUCUUUUAAUCAAAUCAAAUGUUAGUCGUUAUGCAGAAUUUAAAAAUGUCACUAGGAUUCUUGCAUUUCGAGAAGGAAAAGUAGAACAGGUGCCUUGUUCCAGAGCAGAUGUCUUUAACAGCAAAGCACUCACCAUGGUUGAAAAGAGGAUGCUAAUGAAAUUUCUUACAUUUUGUUUAGACUAUGAACAACAUCCUGAGGAAUACCAAGCUUUCAUGCAAUGCUCUUUUUCAGAGUACUUAAAAACUAAAAAAUUAACCCCCAACCUCCAACAUUUUGUGCUGCACUCAAUUGCAAUGACAGAGUCGUCUUGCACUACAAUAGAUGGCCUUAAAGCAACAAAAAACUUCCUUCAGUGUCUUGGCCGAUUCGGCAACACCCCCUUUUUAUUCCCCUUGUAUGGCCAAGGAGAAGUUCCCCAGUGUUUCUGCAGGAUGUGUGCAGUUUUUGGUGGAAUCUAUUGUCUUUGCCAUAAAAUACAAUGCCUUGUAGUUGACAAAGAAUCGGGAAGAUGUCAAGCAAUCAUAGAUCACUUUGGCCAAAGAAUAAAUGCUAAAUAUUUUAUUGUGGAGGACAGUUACCUUUCUGAGGACACGUGCUCAAAUGUGCAGUAUAAGCAGAUCUCCAGGGCAGUGCUCAUUACGGAUCAGUCUGUACUAAAGACCGAUUCAGAUCAGCAGAUUUCCAUUUUGAUAGUGCCUCCGGCGGAACCAGGAAUGUGUGCUGUUCGGGUCACUGAACUAUGUUCUUCAACGAUGACAUGCAUGAAAGACACUUAUCUGGUACAUUUGACCUGUUCAUCCUCUAAAACAGCAAGAGAAGACUUAGAAUCAGUGGUGAGGAAAUUAUUCAUUCCAUAUGCUGAAACAGAAACAGACAGGGAAGGACUUACAAAGCCAAGACUCUUGUGGGCUCUUUAUUUUAAUAUGAGGGAUUCCUCAGGAAUCAGCAGAAGCUCCUAUAAUGGCUUACCUUCCAAUGUUUAUGUCUGCUCUGGGCCUGACUGUGGACUAGGAAAUGAGCACGCAGUCAGGCAAGCUCAAACGCUUUUCCAGGAGAUCUUUCCAAGUGAAGAAUUCUGCCCUCCACCUCCUAAUCCAGAAGACAUUAUCUUUGACGGCGAUGACAAGCAGCCAGAGGCUCCUGGAACCACUAAUAGAAUAAUUGCCAAACUAGAAUCUUCUGAGGAUUGCAAAAACCUAGAAAACCAUGAGAACCACCUUCAAAAUUAGAAAAAAGCAAACUGGAAAGGUUACUUUGGGCUUUCACCAUGGCAUCAGAAUAUGAGUAUUAGAAGUGGUUAUGUGAUGAAUGCUAUGCAAAUAUUGUCCUUAAUUGUCUUUGAGACAUUCAGUCAUUGGAUGCUUUGUUAACCUAUUGGUCACUGAUUUAUUGGUUUUUGGACUUCUUUCUGUUUCAGAAUGGGCUCCAUGAUUCAGCCUCUUAAACAGGACUAGCUUUAUUUUAGGGCUGGGUAUAUGUGUGAGGGUUCCAUGUUAGCAGCUGUGCUUAAAGGAAGGUAAUAUUGCAUCUGCUAAUGGUCUUCUGAUUUAAUUAUUGUCUACAGUAACAAUAAUAUCUAAGGAGUAUUUUAAUUGCUUUUGCAGCUGACACACACACAGAGUAAAUUAUGUGGGUCUUUUGUAUAUAAUAUAAACGUAUAGACAUGGUGGGAGCAACAGCAGCUGACUCAAGUGUCAGUACGAUAAAGUGCACUUGUCUGGAAUUGUUGAAAGAUUAGCUUUGCAUGAUCCUUUAUUUGUGAAGGUCUGAUGUUCACAGUACAUCUUGCAGCUUCAUUCUCCUGCUUGACACUUGUAACCCAUGAGCAGUGCUGCCACCACAGUCUUCUGCAUUCCAGAGUCCGAGAGUUCAGUCAGUAGUUAAAGAGCUCAUUCUUGGGAAGCUCAUUCCGAAGAUCUAGGGGAUAAGAUUAGUUCUGGUUUAAUACUUCAGAAAAUUUCUGCAGAGCCCUGCUCUGGCACCUCAAAGAAAAGAACUUAACGUGUAACUCAGGCCAAAAGAAAAAUUAAAAUUGCCGCCGGAAAAGGGCCUUCAGAAUGGCAGUUCUGCAGUUCCUAAGGAGGAACUGAGGGAGGCAUUUCCCACCCAGGCCUUCUUUCCCCAGGUUUCUCCUGAGGGUGAAGUAGUCCACCUUGUUGGCCAGAUCUGCCCCUCCAGUUAGCAACACUCAUGCAGCCGAUAGGGGGGCCUCAGAGGAUUUGCCAUGUCCAGGUGACUGCCUUCAUGAUCACUUGGCCUCUUGGCUGGAAUCUAGAGGAUAGAAACAUUUUUUGUUCCCAGAACCACUAGAAGUUGUAAAGCUGGUUGUACUGCAGUGGUGAAAGCCUGUGGAGCUGCCGGGAGAGGUAAACUUCCUUCCCUUUUGGUGCCGUUUCCACCCCUGAGAUGGAGAAUGAUAAUCCUAUUGGAAGAGAGCCCUUCAAUGGCAGUUUUUGUUCUGGAAUAGAGCAUUUACUGUGUAAAUUACUCAUUACAGUUUUUCUCAACAACCCCUCGAGGCAGAUAUUGUUGAAUACAUUUUCACAGAGGAAAUAAAGAAUUGAUAAUGUGCUCAGAGUCUGGUAUGUGGAAGAGCUAAGACUGGAAUCCGGACUUGCGUGAUUUCAAAAUCUUUCCACUAAGAAACUGUUAGAAGAGUGCAGGUUCUGGAGGAGAAGGAGAGGCGCCCGGGGAAUCAGUGUAGUGCUGCUGGUGAAGCAAAGUGGACAGACGUUGGUCUCUCAGCGUACUGAAUCAGAGAAGUGUGAAGACUGAGAUUAACUAAAAAGAUAGUUUAGGGCUGUUGAUCUCACUGAAGCAGAAUUUGGCUAAGUUUUAACAAAAUAAUGCUUUUGAAUAAUCUGUCUUUUGAUCUGAACAUCUCAUAAAGGGAUACAGAUGUUACUAGGCCAGAAUAUGCUCUGAAUGGUCUUUUGUGCUCUUCUGUAUGUGAGGAAAAUGAAACAAGAAAGAUUGAAGUAAUUCACAGCUUACCAAAAGUAGAGAAGUCUUGAGUUUGUAUUAAUAUUUAUAUACAUUUUUUGCAUUAUAGCAAAGUAGUAUUAUUGGGUGGAUCCUAAGAUUUAAACCUAUCAAAACAACUGAAAUGCCUAAAAUAGAUCUAAAAAAUAGUCAUUAAAAUGGAAAAGAAUUUAAGAUGAGGGCUGGCCCAGUGGCAUAGUGGUUACGUUUGUAUGCUGUGUUUCCACAGCCGGGGGUUCACAGGUUAGGAUCCUGGGCGCAGACCUAGCACCGCUUGUCAAGCCGUGCUGUGGCAGCAUCCCACAUAAAAGAGAG